AUGCAUAUGCUGUUGCUGUCACGACAGAAACAGGCAAACAAUAUUGAUCUUCAUUAUAUCAGAGCAAAACUUUUGACAUUUAUAUUUCUGGUCACGGUCAUUACUUUCAGUGGAAUUCCUUUUGCACAAUCGCAAUUUCGUCGAGAUAUCGAUUGUUCCGUAAGAUGUGAUUACAAUUUUUGCAGAUGUUUUGGACCACAAGGACCACAGGGUGACCCAGGUCCUCGAGGUCCACCUGGACCUAUCGGUCCUAAAGGUUAUCCAGGUGAACAGGGACCACCGGGACUAAGAGGUAUGAAAGGUGAUCCUGGACAAGAUGGAGUUGAUGGUCCUGUUGGAGAAAGAGGUCCAUCAGGGGAUUUCGGCUCACCAGGAAUGCAUGGUGAACAUGGUGAGAGUGGAGAAACAGGUGAAAAAGGUGCCAAAGGUAUUGCUGGUUGCCCUGGAGGAAAAGGUGAUCCAGGUGAAAAAGGUGAACCUGGAAGACAGGGUAUGGAUGGUGAUCGAGGACUGCCUGGUAUCGAUGGUGAACGUGGUGAUCCUGGUGAAUCUGGAUUUGGGAGACGAGGACUACCAGGUCCGAAAGGAGAACCUGGUAAUGUUGGUCCAAAAGGUGAUGAUGGAAUUCAAGGUGAACGUGGUGACCCUGGAUUGCCUGGAUUAGAAGGAGACAGAGGUGAAGAUGGUGACUUCGGUGUACCUGGCGAAGCUGGUGAACCCGGAGAAAGUAUCAUUGACACUUAUACACCUGUAAAAGGUGCCCCAGGUGCACCUGGGGAUCCUGGAGAUCCAGGCAGAAAUUGUUCAGUUACCACGUUGGAACAAGGCCGUAAAGCUCUAAUUGGACCUGCUGGCGAUCGAGGUGAUACUGGUCCUAAAGGCUAUCCAGGUUCCAAAGGAGCGAAAGGAAUAAGAGGCAUAGAUGGAACUAUUGGUUUGCCGGGAGUGAAAGGACUUCCAGGUCCCGAUGGGCCGCUGGGUCCUAAAGGCAUUAAAGGAAGUGCAGGACAACCGGGUGUUAAAGGUGGUCAAGGACGUGAUGGUUUGAUUGGUGAUCGUGGUCCUCCAGGUCCUAAAGGUUUACCUGGAGAUCCAGGGGCAGAUGGACUACGUGGAUUUGUUGGAGAUCCUGGUGAACCUGGGGGUACCACAGAAUGCACAGGUAUUUUACCUGGGAGACCUGGACAACGUGGUAUACCUGGAGAACCUGGAGAGAAAGGAUUUCCUGGAAUUCCUGGAUCCAUAGGAGACAGGGGACUGAAAGGCUUGAUUGGUCCACAAGGACCGGUUGGCGACCCUGGAUUUGACUGUCCCAUUGGACCACCUGGUCCACCGGGUCCAAAAGGAUCACCUGGUGAUGACGGACGAACUGGCUUACCUGGAUUACCUGGGAGUCCAGGUGAUGAUGGACUGCCAGGUGAUAAAGGAGAACCGGGUAUUGGUCACAGAGGUGCAUCGGGUGAUCCUGGAGAUAGAGGCUAUGAUGGGCCUCAAGGUCCGAAAGGUCCAAAGGGUUUAAAGGGUGAACGUGGAUUGCCAGGUACUAAAGGAUCUGGUCGUCCUGGUCCACCAGGUGAAAAAGGUGAACGUGGAUUGGAUGGUUUAGCUGGCAAACAUGGAAAACAAGGUCCCAUGGGGCCUCAAGGUCCACGAGGUCGAGAUGGUGCCAAAGGAGAACGAGGAAGUCGCGGUGCUCCUGGGAAUCAAGGUCGUACGGGUUCACAGGGUUAUGAAGGUGAUCAGGGUGAACAUGGUCUGCCUGGACCGAAAGGUUUCAAAGGUGAACCAGGUGAAACAAGAACAGAAUACACUGGAAUUCUAAAAGGCCCUAAAGGCUAUCCAGGUGUGGAUGGAGUCAAAGGCGACAAAGGGAUCAAGGGUAUUAUAGGCUCUCCAGGGGAAAAAGGAGAACGUGGAUUAGAAGGACCACAGGGUGACCCUGGUUUACGAGGUUUACCUGGACAGAAAGGUCCUAAAGGUAUACUAGGCGAAAAAGGUUACAAAGGUGCGACAGCUGAUGUUAGAUUCGGUGAUAAAGGCGAAAAAGGUCAACCUGGACGUCCUGGAUUGAAAGGUGAUUUAGGCGAUUCUGGAGAACCUGGAAAUUGUACUGUGAAUGUUAUUCAAAGUCGUAAUCUAACUGUUGAAAAAGGUGAUCGUGGACCCAAAGGUGAACCUGGACCAAGAGGAGAUAAAGGAAAACCAGGUGAUGAAGGUCCACCUGGUCAACCUGGAGAUAGUGGGAUUAGAGGUAUAAAAGGACUCCCAGGAAUACCUGGACCAGCUGGGAUAAAAGGAAUUGUAGGUGAAGCAGGUGAUCCUGGUGAACAGGGUAGCCCAGGAGAACCAGGGUCCGCUGGAGUUACUGGGGUGAAAGGAGAUGUAGGUGAUAUUGGUCCUGUAGGAGAUCGUGGUUACCCAGGUCCAAAAGGAGAAAAAGGAUUGCCUGGUCAACCUGGAACUGGAAUCCCUGGAGAACGUGGUGAACCCGGGCGGCCAGGUAUACCGGGUCCUAGAGGUUCACAAGGAGACCCUGGUGUGAUUGGUGAUUCAGGAGAUCCAGGAUUAGAUGGAAGACCUGGAUUAGCAGGAGAACGUGGAGAUAUUGGUCUGCCGGGACUUCAAGGUGAUCCUGGUCCAAGUGGUGGAGCUGGUAUUAAGGGAAUUAUGGGUGAUCCAGGAGAUAGUGGAGAACCAGGUUUGCCUGGACGUCCUGGUAUACCUGGAGAUAAAGGCAGAUGUCUCGGAGCAGCGGACAAAGGAGAACCUGGACUUCCUGGUCCAGAAGGUCCAGAAGGUCAAAAAGGCGAACCUGGACUAAGAGGUGCGAAAGGAGAGAGAGGACCAUCAGGUCCAAUUGGACGGACAGGUGAAAAAGGUUUGAGGGGUGAACCAGGGUUACCUGGACCAGAUGGUCCUUCGGGCGAUCCUGGUCCUCCUGGCCGUCCUGGAACUACUGGUCCUAAAGGCUUUGAAGGAACACCUGGGCCAAAAGGAUUCGAAGGACCACCAGGAAGUCCUGGUGAUGAAGGUCAACCGGGUCCAAAAGGUGAAUCUGGUCUUCCUGGUGCAGAAUCAUUUGGUGAAAAAGGUGAUACGGGAGAACGAGGUCCCCAGGGUGAUGUUGGAGAAAAAGGUUCCACCGGAAAACCUGGUUUACGUGGACCUCCAGGUGAUGCAGGAACCAAUGGUCAAGCAGUAGUUGGAGAUGUUGGUGAUGUCGGAGAUAUCGGCGAGAAAGGUCUACCAGGGAUGCCUGGAGACCCUGGAUUACCUGGACCUAAAGGUUCUCCUGGAGUAAUAGGUUUAAUUGGGCCAAAGGGAAUAGUGGGAGAUCCAGGCGUGCCAGGUUUGCAAGGUCGUCCAGGGAAACCCGGUCAGGAAGGCCAACCUGGUUUGCCAGGUCCUAAAGGUUUUCCCGGGGGGAAGGGUCAGAAAGGUAUCAAAGGGGAACGUGGUGAACCGGGAGAAACAAUAGUUGGCCGUGAUGGGGAACCUGGUGAUAUGGGAGAACGAGGUAUUCCUGGACUUCCAGGACCUAAAGGAGACAGAGGAUUUCCAGGUGAUGCUGGACCAAAAGGCUUACGAGGUUUGCCAGGUCGGGUGGGUGACAAAGGUCAGAUGGGAGUAUCUGGAGAUAAGGGUGAACCAGGUAUCACUGGACUCGAUGGAUACCCAGGUAGAAAGGGAGAUAAAGGCGAAUUCGGUGAUAUUGGACCUAUAGGUGAUCCUGGACCAAGAGGACAACCCGGACCCAAGGGUUUCCCUGGAGCUCCUGGUCAGUGUUUACCAGCUGAGGAAAGUCCUAUUGGAGAUCCUGGUCCACAAGGUCCUAGAGGGCCACCGGGUGAAAAAGGUUUAACAGGGCUACCGGGUAAAGUGGGCAAAACUGGUGAUCCUGGUCCACCUGGAAGAGGUAUUCCUGGUUCUAAAGGUCAACGAGGUGAUCCUGGACUUCGUGGACUUACUGGCAAGUAACAAAGAAAUUCAAUGAUUUCUUAUACAUUUUUUUACCUAAACAGAAUAAGUUAACUGAAUGUAAAUAAAAUGUAAUCACCAAUAAUCAAAUCUUUCCAUAUGUUAGGAAAAUUAAUCAUUAUAGAUCAACACCAUUAUAUAUUUCAUCAAUGUAUGAUCUUAUUGCACCAAGUUCUUAGGGAAGAAUUGUUCUUCAAUAAAUAUGAAUAACACUGUUCAUACGUUGGUGUAUUUGAAAUACGGCAAUAGACACUUGUUAGUAUCAUCCAAGAAAAUAGUUAUACUAUUUUUAAUACUACUCAUGAGUAGUCUACAAUAAUAAUGUAAAUAUGCUUAGUUUCAAUUUAUUCUUCCUUCACUAAAUUAGCUUUGUAAACCAUAAGAGCACGACUGAUUUGAAGAGGAAAUAAAAACCUACAAAGUUGCGCAGCUGGGACAAGGGCAAGAUCUGUUACUUAAAUGCUUCAUCAAGGUUUUACACUUCCAUAUUCCGCUUCAAAUUUCAUAACUACUAAUUUGAACUAUGUGAGGAUUCUGUCUAAAUCAAGAGUUAUUACUACGAUAAAAGUUACUGACUAGAAACUCAUUUGUAUUCACCUUACCACAAGUUACUCCAUCGACUUCCCGUUAUGACUAUUUGGUCUUGGUUCAAAUGUGACAGCUUCUAUUUGAUCCAGGUUGUAUUUCAUUAGAUUGUCUUUGUUUCAAUGCAACAAACUUCUUUCCUCAUUACAGAAGUUGAUUUCUUAUUUUGUGCAGUUAAUGAUAACUGACGAUAGUGAUAUCCUUUUACUAACGUUAGAUAUUCACUAAAUGUUUAUAUAUAAAUAUUUGUUUUAAGGGAUUCGUGGCGAAUGAACUCAGAUUCCAAUAUUCUUGAUGUACAUUUUUGAAUGCUCACAAUCUGUGGCUCAUAAACUUCCCUGUUUCCUUCUUUAUGGUCAUAAAUUAGGUCCAAAAGGUGAACAGGGUGAG